AGAAGAACGCUGGGAGCUGGAAGUAAAAUUAUGGAGUUUUCUGAGUUUAUCUGGCUUGUCUUUGGAGAAGAGAACAAUACAGAAGGAACUAUUCCAACUAUUCAGAAUUCGAACCAUCCGGGGAGUUCCCCCGGCAUUCCCGCGGUUUGGAGUGAAUCACAAUCUGAAUACAAAUGAAUGAAUGAACCAGUGUCUGUUGGGUACGUUCACGGCGACGCGAUCGGGCCGGUCAGUUUUGGUCCUAUCGUUCCCCUGACAACGCUACGAGCGGAGAACGACAACAAACAAACAACAUACAUUCCAAACAAACACCUGCCGCUACCGCGUUCCUUUACAUCUGAACAUUUUUUAAAUUUAUGCACUCAAAAUGAGGACGGUACCGGCAUGGGUUGACAAAGUUCAAGACAGGGAUAAAGUAGAUCAAUGCAUAUAUAAUCUCUGCUUCAAUCCUGAUGGCUCACAACUUGUAGUUGCUGCUGGCCAGCGAGUACUUGUGUAUGACACUACAGAUGGAUCAUUGAUUCAGCCAUUGAAAGGUCAUAAAGACACUGUGUACUGUGUCUGCUAUGCUAGGGAUGGUAAACGUUUCGCUUCUGGUGGUGCCGACAAGACUGUAAUUAUAUGGAAUAGCAAAUUGGAAGGUGUUCUCAAGUAUACUCAUGGAGAUGCUAUUCAGUGCCUAGCUUUCAACCCAGUCACUCACCACCUUGCUAGUUGUGCCAUUUCUGAUUUUGGGUUUUUAAUUGAAGAUCAGAAGGCCUGUCAAAAGUAUAAACCUGGUGCACGUAUUAAUUGUUGUGGCUGGACAAAUGAUGGACAGUACAUUGCUCUUGGUCUUGGCAAUGGUUGUGUAUCUAUUCGCAACAAGUUGGGUGAAGAAAAAGUUCGUAUUGAAAGACCAGGAGGCUCAUCAUCACCAGUUUGGGCUUUGGCAUGGAGCCCUGCUAGGGAAGAAAAUUAUGAUAUACUGUGUGUGGCUGAUUGGUCCCAAACUCUUUCAUUCUAUACUCUUGGGGGGAAACCUGUCUACAAGGAACGAAAUUUGGGGUUUGAUCCUCUUUGCGUGAGUUAUAUGAGCAAAGGGGAGUAUAUUCUUGUAUCUGGAUCAAAUAAGUGUUGUGUUCUUUUGACACGAGAAGGUAUUCGACUCGGCAUGGUUGGUGACCAACAGCAAUCGUGGGUCUGGUGCUGUGCUGCAAGACCUGACUUUUCUUAUGUUGCUAUGGGUUGUCAGGAUGGAACAAUAGCAUGUCUACAGCUGGUGUUUAGUACAGUGCAUAGUUUGUACAAGGAAAGAUAUGCAUACAGGGAAAACAUGACUGAUGUGAUUAUUCAACAUCUUCUGACAGAACAAAAAGUGAGAAUUAAAUGCAGAGAUCUUAUUAAGAAAAUAGCCAUUUACAAACAUCGCCUUGCAGUACAACUUCCUGAGCGAGUUGUGAUAUAUGAGCUUUAUUCUGGCGAUGCUACAAGCAUGCAUUAUCGUGUAAAAGAUAAAAUUAACAGUAAGCUAGAUUGCAAUCUCUUGGUAGUUUGCACAAACCAUCUUGUCUUAUGUCAGGAAAAGAAAUUACAAAGCCUGACAUUUUCUGGUCAAAAGGAAAGGGAAUGGCUAAUGGAUUCUCCCAUUCGCUACAUUAAACUUGUUGGAGGUCCUGCUGGCAGAGAGGGCUUGCUUUUAGGGCUGAAGAGUGGCCAGAUCUGGAAAAUUUACCUUGAUAAUGCAUUCCCUGUAAGUGUGUUAAAAGUCACUGCAGGGGUGAGAUGCCUUGAUCUCAGUGCUUCUCGUAGUAAACUAUCUGUUGUUGAUGAAAAUGGGAACUGCUCUGUGUAUGAUCUCAAAUUGAACCAAUUAUUAUAUCAAGAGCCUAAUGCUAGUAGUGUGGCAUGGAAUUCACACUGUGAGGAUAUGCUUUGUUUCUCUGGAAACAACAUGCUAAGUAUAAAGGCCAGUAAUUUCCCAGUUCAUCAACAAAAACUUCUGGGCUUUGUUGUUGGAUUGUGUGGAUCUAAAAUAUUUUGUUUGAAUGUAUCUACAAUGUCUACAAUUGAGGUUCCCUUGUCUGCACCCAUGUAUCAGUAUCUUGAAAAUAAGAUGUUUAGUGAUGCGUACCAUGUAGCCUGUCUUGGUGUGACAGAUGGGGACUGGCGAGCUUUGGCUCAUGCUGCUCUUGAAUCCCUUGACUUUGAAACAGCUCGACAAGCUUUUAUCAGAGUCAAGGAUUUGAAAUACCUGCAGUUAAUAAAUGAGUUCAUGGAAAGGCAGCGGAAAGGUGAAAAAGAUAGAGAUUUGCUAGUAGCUGACAUACUUGCUUAUAGAGCUCGAUUUAAAGAGGCUGCUCGUCUCUAUCAAAGAGCUGGCCAGGAACAUCGUGCACUAAAUAUGUACACUGACUUGAGAAUGUUUGAUCUUGCACAGGAGUUCUUAGGAUCAGGAGAUAGUAUUGAUCGUAAAGCUCUCAUACGGAAGAAAGCUGAUUGGGCACGCAAUAUUAAUGAACCUAGGGCUGCUGCUGAAAUGUAUCUUUCAGCAGGAGACACCCACAAAGCCAUAGAAAUUAUAGGAGACAAUGGAUGGGUUGACAUGCUUGUGGAUGUAGGAAGACGCUUAGAUAAGGCUGACAGAGCUGGUCUUGCCCUUGUUGCUGAACAGUUACGUCGUUUAGGCCAUCUUUCUCAUGCAACUGAUAUGUUCCGCAAACUGGGAGAGGAACGUGCUAUUGUGCAGUUACAUGUUGAGGCAAACAAUUGGAAGGAAGCUUUUCAAUUGGCCGAGAGGCAUCCAGAGUUCAGACACCUGGUAUAUGUUCCCUAUGCCCAAUGGCUGGCUGAAAAUGAUAGGUUUGCAGAUGCUCAGAAAGCAUUUCAUAAAGCUGGUCGACCGGAAGAAGCCUUCAAAGUUUUACAACAGCUUACAGAAAAUGCAGUUAAUGAAUCUAGGUUCCAGGAUGCAGGAUUCUAUUACUGGGUACUUUCGAGGCAAUGUCUUGAUAUUGCAAGGCAGAACGAAGAUAUUCGUGGAGAAAUGUUAAGAAAAUUCCAAGAGCACAGCAGUUUUGCCUCUGUAUAUUAUGCCUAUCAUACAAUCCAAAGAUACCUGGAUGAACCAUUUACCUCAUACAUGCCAGAAGCACUUUUCAAUAUAGCCCUCUUCUUAAUGCUAGAAAUGAAGCAGGUCCAGCCCAAAGGAGUGUCACAAUUUGCUGUGUUAUACACCUUAUCCAAACAAGCUCGUGCCUUGGGAGCUUACAAACUUGCAAGGCAAGUCCUUGAUAAAAUGCAAUCAUUGCGUAUUCCUCCACGGUUCCAAGAGUAUGUUAAUGUAUCUACUCUUAUGGUCCGCUCAAAACCUUUCCAUGAUUCAGAGGAACUACAGCCAAUGUGUUACCGCUGUUCCUCAUACAACCCUCUUCUGGUUGGCCGGAGUGGAAACCGUUGCUCAAACUGUGGACAGCCUUUCGUCCAUUCUUAUGUGUCUUUUGAAGUUUUACCCCUUGUUGAAUUUGAGUUGGAGUCUGGAAUAUCAGAUGAUGAAGCAGUUCGUUUGAUUGAAGCUCCGGUCCAGUCUAGUGGAAGUGGAAAGCAAUGGACCAGCAGCACCAACAAUGGGUACCAAACGCUUCAGCUUCAGCAUGAUGAAACAAAGUCUGAUCCUUUCACUGCAAGGCUUGUUAAUUUUGAGAGUGGUAGUGAUGAUAUCAGCCCUGUGAUAGUUAAUAGAUCUACUUUAGAAGCUAUGGAACCAAGUACAGUAAUAGUGGCUAGCUGGCCACCUCCACUUCGUUACAAGUUCUACAGAAAUUUAUUGCCAGAACUUCAAAUAUCACAGUGUGCUUCUUGUUUCAAGAUGUUUCAUGUUGAUGAUUUUGAACUACAAAUGCUUCAAAAUGGUCACUGCCCAUUUUGCCGGUCAAAACCAGGAUCAUCUAUUUUGGAUACAACAGAUGAGUUACCUAUACCCACCUAGCCAUGCAGCUUUGAAUUGCGUCCUUGUUUUAUGUACGUCACGUUUUGUAGUAGUUUUCUUUUUAAAUGUCAAAUUGAAUUAUUAUUGUUAUUAAGUUUUAAAUGUAAGGUCAACUGUUAGACCAAUACGCUGUGAUUUUUAGUAUUAUUU